AUUAACAGCCAUUGUUAGCUUUUUACAAAGUAAACUUUCAAUAAUUUUUCUUUUGAAUUUUCAAUUAAUUCAGAUCAGAUGUCUAAUAUUCAACAGGUCGUUGAAGAAAAGCUCAAGAAAGAACUUGCAACGACGCAUUUGGAUGUGGUGGAUGAAUCAGAUGGGUGCGGCGCUAAGUUCCAGGCUCUCAUUGUCUCACCACAAUUUGAGGGAAAACCUCUCCUUCAGCGACACAGACUUGUGAAUACAGUAAUUGCUGAAGAAAUGAAAACCAUUCAUGCCUUCCAAAUGAAAACUUUGACACCAGAGCAAUGGGCAAAGCGACAAGAACAAAACUAAGCAUCAGUUCCUGAACUUCUCUGACCUCAUGACUUCUGCUGGAUAUCUUUACCUGAUUGUCAGAUAUUUCAUCGCCAAUAGCUUCUUCUAAUCUGUCCAUGGAUCUGGCUCUGGCUAGUCAUUCCCUUUCAUUAUGUCCACUGCUUGAGCUUGACUUCAACCCACAAUUUCAUGAGUACCUUUAACUUUGAGUGAUCUGCAUUAGCUUUUCAUUCUCUAAAACAAUUCGGUGGUUCCCGCCAUAUAGUAUGAGGAAAAAACAGUUUUAGCAAACUUCCAGAGCUACGAAGUCUUCACUUUAUGAAGUCUGAUCUUUUUCGCUACAGCCAAACUAAUAAUGAAUUAGCAAAUUAAAUAUUUCAUACAGACA